CUGUUUGCCGGCGCCUCAUCCACUCUUAAAAGUCGGGUUAGUUCUUUUUUUCUAUUGAUAAGUACCAAAAAAUCAGCAAAUUUCUGAGAAAUCUUUUUUUUUUUAAAAUCAAACUACACACUUUUCAGCUGUCACACUUUUUUUAUCACCUAACAUAGGAAAUUUUUUAUUUUUAUUGCAAGACGAACUUUUUUUCGGUUGGUUAAAAUGAAUAAGUAAAUAUUGACAAAAAAUCUAUCAGCUGGUUUUUCUUGCCACGUGGCAAGGCGAGUCAAAUUUUAUUUCGUUAGUGUUUUUUGGCCAGCUGCGUUUCAGACAUCUGUGGACGAAAACAUGUGGGCCGUAAAGGUACUGUAUUUUAUUUUUAUAAGGUCCUAAAUAGGAUAUAGUAGAUAAGGACAUUGGCUGAAAUUCGGAAAAUAAAUUUUUGCUUGCUAAUAAAUAAAUAUCUAGGUUCUCAUGGGAUUUGCCCGUAGAAACGAGGAGGUUGCUAUAUACUACUUUAUUUUUUUUAGUUUUAAAACUCUAGAAAAAUAAUUAGUAGCUCAGAUUUAACUUAAGUUCCAACAAUUUUCGAAAGGAAAACUUUUUUUUGUUUCUGAGUUCAAACUACAAACAUUUAGAAAAAAAUGAAAAUUAGUCACAACAUGACGUAAAAAUUCUUUUUUUUUUUCGAAAAUUUGAACUUGCACUCUUAUAUUUGUAGUUCUUGUGUCGCUGACUACAAACUCGAUUCUUGUAAAAUUAGGCUAUGACGUGGCAAAGGUUGAAAAUUCACAGAAAAAUCUAGCGAUUUUUUCCGACAAAAAAAAACAAGGCUGAUUUUCCUCCAAAUGUAAUUUUCAAUGUUUUUUUUUUGAAAAACGAAUUUAGAGUCUCCUAAUUUCUGUCUAAAAAAAGGACCCAAAAUUCUGACUAAUUUUAAUUAAUUGCCACGUCACAGUUCUCUGUAGUUUGAACAUCAAAUGAGAAUUUUUUUGGGAAAAUGUAGAUUUUUUAACAAAAAAAUCAAUCAGAUUUUCAGACGAAAAAAAAUUUUUUCUAAUAAAAGUAAUGGGGUUAUUCCGGUGUAAGGAACUUUCAAACACAACUAUAGGCUUAUAAGCCUCUCUAGACACCUACAGUAACCAAAUUCUAAUUCAAUUUCCAAUUUCAAAUUUCCGUAAUAUCUAAAUCUAAAUUCAAAUUUAUUUUCCUUUUCUCCGAGAUGCUCAUCACAUAAAUCAUUCCAUCUCUCGUUUUUUUCCCAUUUUUUCAACAUCAUAAUCUCAAACAAAAGAGCAGAAGCGAAGAAAACAAAUCAAAAAUUCUCCUCGAAUUUUAAUUCAGUCGCGCGCUUUUUCUCGAAAAAUGUCAAACUCCGCCCAUCCAAAGCGAAUCUCUCGCGCAUUUUCUAAUUUUUCUCCAAUUUCACGACACACAGCGUUUUUUUUCGUUGUUACUUACUAAUAAACAUCUUUUUCUUCUUCUUCGUUGUUGUUUUUUUUGACGAAAGAAGAAGAAAAGCGAUGUCGAAAAAGGCAAAAUAGGAGAAGGCAUGCAAAAAAAAAACGAAUUCCUCAGAUUUUUUGCACUUUUUUACUUGAAAGCGACAAAAAAUCGUUUAAUGAUGUACUAGAAACGCCUUGAGUUAAUCGAAAAAUUUCUUGACAUUUUGCAGGCGGUUGGCUCUGCUUCGACGAUGUUGAGAUCGAAGAAGAAGGAGAAGGAAAAUGGAGGAGCAUCAACGAAAGUGAGUUAGUUAUGACGUGGCAAAUGAGAAAAAUGAGAUUUGUGAGCAUCUAGUAGUUGCUGAAUGCCCACCUAAUUAGUUAGCACUCAUUUUUCUCGCUUGCGCUCUCAUAAAUAAUUAUUUUCCAAAAUCUCACGAAUAUUUAGUACUUUUUUGCAUUUCUCGAAAAAAAUAAGGGGAAAAUAUUUUUGCCCAAUUAAAAAUCUCGUUAUUCGAUAUUUUUCGGAAAUAUUUUGCCCCCGCUGAAAAUGUUCUGUAAGCUGAGCUAUGUGACUCCUAAACCACAAAUUCAGAAAAAGCACAUACUUCAACUUUUUCUGAAACUUUGUUUGAUUUUUGGAGUCUUAUAGCUCAGCUCAUAGAACAUUUUCAUUGUCAGGCUGGGCAAAAUAUUUACAAAAAAAUAUCGAAUAACGAAUUUUUUAAUUGGAGCAAAAUAUUUUCCCACUAUUUAUCUAGAUAUUUUUCGUUUUUCGACAAAAAAAACACAUUCUUUUUGGUUUCCCACGGUUUUUCUAAUCGUAUUAGGCGAAAAGCCAAUCAGAAAAAAAGAAUGAGGAUUUAUGAUGUGACCAAAAACGUUCUUUAUCGCAAAAAAAAAACAUUUUUCAGACCGACAAAGAGAAAAAAGAUAAGAAACAGACGAAAGAUGAGGCCAGUUCGUCAUCACCAAUGACCAAAAUGAUUCCAACAAUUCAAACUGAAGAUAUUGGAGGUGAGAACACUUCUAUGUUUUUUUAUCCUAGGUUCUAGCAUAGAUAGCUCAAGUUUAUUUACCAAUUGGUGGUCAAAUGAUUUAGCUUCCCUUCGUUAUUUUUCCUGGUUUAUUUUUUCUUACACAGCCAGCCUGCCCCACAAUGAAAAGAAGCAGGGCAAAAAAAAAGAAGAAAAAGUUAUUGAUGACCAACUUUUUUCCAUCUUUUCUUAUUCUAGACUAGAUGCGUGCGUGUGAAAAACUUGGAUUUUUUGGUGUGAAAAAUUUGGAAAUGAUGAAUUGGUGUGAUUGCGCGUGACAUUUGGUGUUUGCGUAGCGCGGCAUUUUAAAGCACGCGCAUUGUUUUGAAUUGUUUUUUUUCUUCCUGCCUCUUCGCGCCUUUUUUGGAAGGCUUUUAUUUGAAAAGAAGAACUCCCAGUAGUAUUUCCAUUUCCAUUUCAACGAAGAAAAGAACCUCAAAUCGAUAAAAAUGUUAUUGAGGAGCUGAAAACAACAUUGCUUUUUCUCUAUUUUUUUUGCUUGCCCCCUUUCCUUCGUCUUAUUUGUGAUAAAGAAUCAUCAUCAACAAUUUGUUUCUUUUGAUCAUUUUAUUAUUUUUUUUUCGUUGCAGGCGACAUGAUUCCACCAGACGCACCACCUCCAACAAAUAUUGGAAAAAAGAAUAAUUAUGGUGGCGGGCCAGGUGAUUCCAAGGCGAGAUCGACGACAAUCGAGUAGCAUGUUCAAUAUUUCGCAAAAUCGAGAGCUUAUCAGAUUGCCAGCAAUUAAAGGUAAUCAGUUUUUUUGUCGGGGGGAUCUUGUGAUCUGUUUUGAGAGAGAACACCUGUCAAGAGAUGAAAGAACAACAUUUAUUUUUACUCGAAAAACAAUCCUGUUAUGUUUCAGAAGCCGAUGCAACAACUCGCGAAGAUCUUUUCAUUCAGAAAUUACGGCAAUGUUGCGUGGUUUUCGAUUUUGCCUAUGAUGCGCUUAGCGAUUUGAAAUUCAAAGAGGUCAAAAGAGCAGCUUUGAACGAAUUAGUGGAUUAUGUUUCGACAAGCAAAGGAGUGAUCAAUGAAUCAGUUUAUCCGGAAGCCGUUAAUAUGUUCGCACAAAAUCUGUUUCGUCCACUUUCACCGCCAACAAAUCCAAUUGGCGCCGAAUUCGAUCCAGAUGAAGAUGAACCAACUCUCGAAGCUGCUUGGCCACAUCUUCAACUUGUCUACGAAUUCUUCCUGAGAUUCCUCGAAUCACCUGAUUUUCAAUCAUCGAUCGCCAAAAAAUACAUUGAUCAAAAUUUUAUAUUGCGACUUUUGAUGAUAAUGGAUAGCGAAGAUCCGAGAGAACGCGACUUUUUGAAGACAACAUUACAUCGUAUUUAUGGCAAAUUUCUAAAUCUUCGCGCUUAUAUUCGAAAACAGAUUAAUAACAUAUUCUAUUCAUUCAUUUAUGAGACAGAAAGACAUAACGGAAUUGCUGAAUUACUUGAAAUCCUAGGAAGUAUUAUUAAUGGUUUUGCAUUGCCAUUGAAAGAAGAACACAAAACAUUUUUGCUCCGAGUUCUACUACCACUUCAUAAAGUAAGUUUUGAAACAUAAUAAUAAUCAAAAAAAAUACGAUAAUAUUUUUCAGGUCAAAUCACUAUCAACUUAUCAUCCUCAACUUGCUUAUUGUGUUGUUCAAUUCAUUGAAAAAGAUUCAGGACUCACAGAACCGGUGAUCAAGGGAAUGUUACGUUUCUGGCCGAAACAGCAUAGCCCAAAAGAAGUGAUGUUUUUGAAUGAAUUGGAAGAAGUGUUAGAUGUUAUUGAACCUGUGGAAUUCCAAAAAGUUAUGGUUCCGCUGUUCCAGCAACUUUCGAGAUGUGUGAGCAGCCCGCAUUUCCAGGUAAGCAUUUUUGUUAUGACGUGGCGAAUUUGUCAAGCCCUCACAUUAAAGUUUGCCAAUUUUUCGCCGAGUUAGAAUUUUUAAAAUCUUCCAUCGGAAAUUUUCUGGAUCCCAAAAUUACCUCAAUUUUCAGGUUGCGGAACGUGCUUUGUAUUAUUGGAACAACGAAUAUGUGAUGUCAUUAGUUGCUGAUAAUGCAGAAGUUAUCAUUCCGAUCAUGUUUCCAACACUUUUCAAAAACAGCAAAUCACAUUGGAAUAAGUAUGUUUUUUUGUUCUUCAGAAGUCUUUUUUGUUAUAAAAAAACAUAUAUAUUUUCUAGAACAAUUCAUGGUUUGAUUUACAAUGCGUUGAAAAUGUUUAUGGAAAUGAAUCAGAAAUUGUUCGAUGAAUGUUCGCAAAAUUACAACAAAGAAAGAUCGAAUGAAAAACAGCAACUUGAGGAAAAAGAGCGAUGUUGGACGAAAAUCGAAGAUUCCGCCAAAACCAAUCCACAGUAUUCUGAAGUUAAAGCACUUUUUGAUGAACUUGACGCCGAUCAAAUAAUCCAGGGUGGCAAAAUCGAUAAGCUGAGCAAUGAUUUGUCUGGGUUAGCACUUCCAAGUAAAGAUGAGAUCUUGAAGAAUACGAUUAAACCAGAUGAUAUCAAGAAAGAUUUGGAAUUUUCGAAAACUUCGGAUUAUUUGGCUGACGAAAUGACAUCGAAAACAUUGGACGAGUAUAAAAGACAUGACGCCUAUUUGACAAAAGUUACAAGUUCUGAAGAAUAA